CUUUUGGAAUUUCAUCUUGGAAAAGACUGGUUGAUCUCAAAGCCAUGGCUGCACCUGCAAAUGUUAUUUAUCUGUCUACUAUUCUGGGCUGUGAUGGUCCUUCCACUGUUCACAAAUGCGACUGGAAAUGUCAAAAUGAACAUGUCUGUGGCAACAUGUAUCGCUGCAAACUGACAGGAAUCACACACAUCUGUGACAAGAACUGUAACCAGAGAAUUCUGUAUGAUAAUCAUAAUUCGCUUUGUCGAGCAAGCGGCCAGGUGUUUCCUCUUUCUCAAGCCGAGGAACAGGUAAUCAGAGGCAUCAGGAGGAAGCUUGAUGCUGACAAUUCGCCACCUUCCGAUGGCUGUGGUUUUAAGCGGCGACGAGACACGCAGAUUCCUCCUUCUGCAGCGAAGUUGGAGAUGGCAGCAUGGAUAUGAGCUAGAUUAGAUAUUUACAUAUAUAGAUCUUAUUAUUAACCUUAAGGACUCCUUUCUCUUGUUUAACUUAUCUUUCCC